GAUGAACCUCCGCUGAUACAGGUGCGUCUCCGCUGAACGGGAGCGCAGACAGCAGACCGAGCUCCUAUCUACAGCUGCUCACACAGAUUCUGCACAAAAGUCACUGAGGAUUGUUUGUGUUUUCUCUUUAUGGAGAUUUGAUAAGUACUUCCUGUCUGGAUAUAAUCUUCAGUCAGUCUUGAUUUCAGUGCACAUUCAUGGUCUCAGAAUGAGUUGGGAUAAGCUCUACACCCUGUUGGGUGGUGUCAACAAACACUCCACCAGUUUGGGGAAGAUCUGGUUGUCUGUUCUUUUCAUCUUCCGCAUUACAAUCCUGGUUCUGGCUGCAGAGAGCGUUUGGGGGGACGAGCAGUCGGACUUCACCUGCAACACACAGCAGCCUGGAUGUAAAAAUGUCUGCUAUGACCACUUCUUUCCUGUGUCGCACAUCCGCCUGUGGUGCCUGCAGCUCAUCUUUGUCUCCACACCAGCCCUGCUUGUUGCAAUGCAUGUUGCCUACAGGAAACGUGGGGAUAAGAGGACCAUGUUGGCCUCCAAUGGCACAGAAAAUAUGUCCAAUACAGACCUUGAGACACUCAAGAGGAAGCGACUACCCAUCACAGGUCCUCUGUGGUGGACUUACACCUGCAGCCUUUUCUUUAGGCUCAUCUUUGAAGGCGGGUUCAUGUAUGCUUUAUACUUUGUCUACGAUGGCUUCCACAUGCCCCGCCUUGUGAAGUGUGAACAGUGGCCUUGUCCUAACAAGGUGGACUGCUUCAUCUCCAGGCCAACAGAAAAGACUGUCUUCACCAUCUUCAUGGUGGCUUCAUCUUCCAUCUGCAUGAUGCUGAACGUGGCUGAACUUUGCUACCUCAUCGUUAAAGCGCUCAUAAGGUGUGCAGAGAGGUCAAAAAAGAGGAAGCGACGUUACACUGAAAAUGCAACCCGGGAAAACGAGAAAAAUGAGAUGCUGCUGUCGUCCUCCACAGAUUCUUCCAGCAUCAAGACAGUGCUGACAAGUAAAGAGAGAGAUGGAAUGUAGCUCCAUCCUCAAAGUUAGUGUCAACAGUUUGAUUCAGAUCAUGGGUCUUAGUGUAAACAGCAGAUAAAAAAGAUGUGAGGUUUCCACUGGGAAUCAGCCGCAUCUUUAAAAAGAGUUUUAGCCGCUGAUGCUCCUUUAUUCUGAAAGAGUUCAACCCGGUUUGUUCAAUACUAAUCCAGGUCAAACAUACAAAUCCAUCACUUUAUUAACUAGAGUUGGUGAAAACUGCAUGAAAUAGUAAAUAAUUACCUUUUUCGUAUGACUGUGGAACUGAUUCAGUUCUGAUAUGAGUCUGUCCAAUCUGAAUGUAUGGUGGCUCUUAAGUGCAAAUCACUCAAUGCAGAAACAUAUUAAAGAUCACAACAAUAAAAAAAAAUAAUAAUAAUAUAAAGAUGUUACAUUUUAGAAAUAAAAAUGAAAUUAGAAAUAAAAUGAAACAAAUAAAAAUGAAAUGAUUCGGAAAACAAGUGAUUUCCAGAAAUCAAAAUGUCAACUAACCAAACACAAUCCCAGACUGGAAAAUGUUGGUGCUAUGCUGAUGAGGUUUGAGUUUUAAAGUUAUUUACCAUGAAACAAUACUGUACUCGUUACACUUUAAUCAGUAUACAGGCAUUGGAAAAAACUCAAACAUCAAAAAUCAAACCUCAUCAUCCAAUCAGUGAUGUCCCUUAAUACCUACCUUUCCCCUGUUUGUUAUUGCCUGCUGUUUAAAAAAAAAAGUCCUAUAAAUUGCUUUUGUUUUCCGAAACUUUUCAUUUUAAUUAUGUUUCAUUUGUUUAAAACUUUUAUUGUCGUUGUGAUCCUUAAUGUGUUUUUGCAUUAAGUGAUUUUCUUUGGCUUGAAUUGCCCUUCAGGACCACCAUAUGAUUGGCCUAAAAAGUUUUCCAAUGCUCCAACAGAUGCAUUAGGACAAGAUGAAGAAACUGCUUCCUCCCAAACAGGGACACCGGCAACUUUCUGAUCAACAGGCCAUUUGGCUGUGCUCAGAGAUAGAAAGAAGUCUAUACUGACAUCUGGUGGUGAGAUCGAAACAUCCCUCAGCAGGAAAAGGCGUCCUCACAGUCUGUUCAUUUGAUGUAAAAUGCAGAAGCAUGCAGUUUAUAACAGCUGACAGUUUGAUUUCAGUUAUUCUUUAACUGUAGCAGAAUAGGGCUGAUAAUUUUAAAAAUUCUGCUGUUUUUCUGCUGUUUUAAAAUGAAUGUUUCUUUUUUCUGUCUGAUUUUUAUGAAAAAUGUUUGUAGGUCUAGGUUUCAUGUAUUCAAUAUGUUUUUCUUUAAAAAAUACUACAUUUAAAAAAAAACAAUUAUACUAAUGCUUCGUAUUUUUACUAUUACAAUUCUAUAACAAUCUAUAAGAUGAUUCUGGUCUGGUGAAAGGUGUCUCUGCCAGUGUUUAAACUGUGUUAAAUCUUUUUUUAAACACAAAGUUCUAUCCAAUCUAAGACCCAAUUUAUUGUAUCUUAAUUCAAAGAGUUUAUUGAAGAAUUGAAACAUGAGAAAUGUGCCAAACUAAAUGUAAUGCUGAUUUAAAGGGUGAAUCUUUGAUGUGCCCGUGUUUGUUCCUGACUUAAGGCUAAAGUGCUGCUCUGUCAUUUGGACCUGUCUUGUUCCUGCGUCGUGUGCUCACUCCAGAUGGCUGUAACAGCUUUCCACAUGUUUUAUUUUAGACCCAACACUAAUCAGUGCUCAGCCUUUUACUAUAACUGAAUUCAAAUAAAAAAAAGUCUUUGUCCUCCGUCCAUCCAGGAAUAGCAGAGUUGGAUCAGUCACAUCUGUGUAUUUCUUAAAAAAUAAAGCUGGCGUGAUUAAAAACAAAUCCUAGCUGCUGGUGUCAGAGACUGGCCGGGCUGUCAGACAUGUAAAUCCUGACUUUAUAUAAAGACUGUACUGUACUUUAUGUUAUGCAACUGCUUUUGCAGCUUAGCAGAAAGAAGAAUGUUGUGACUAAAUGUCACUUGUCUUGAAUGUUUUGCUCUUGAGGACACUGUGUGAUUUGCAGAAUUAUGUGUAUAUGCUAUGCAUUGAACUUUGACCUCUUUGAGCAGCUGUUAAUUUGGACUUAAUUGUUUUUGGUUUUUUUGGAAUGACCAGUCAUAGUAUUUACACAACGUCCCUAAACAUCUCACCAAUCUAAUAGUCUGUUUCUCUCCUAAAACCUUUGGGAUAGAAACUCUGCUUUCUGGGCAAAAAUAUGAUUAAAUGAAAUCUUUGGGUUUUCAACCAAUGUUUUUAGUACUUUGCACUUUUGAACUUGUGUCUUUUUAAAAUAUUUUACUUUAAUCAACACAAAAUAAAAUAUGUCUCAUUUUUGU